AUGGGCCGUCCUCGAUUGCACAAAACUCAAGAAGAGAGUACUGAAGCUGCACGCAUUUCCAGACGGAAAUACUAUCAGAGGAAUAAGGAACGAUGUAAUGCUGCUAAGCAGAGUUUACGCAAUUCACUCAAGAAGAGCAACACAGAUGAGUCCGUACAAAUUUCUUCAAUGAAUUCAUGGGCCGUCCUCAAUUGCAUAAAACUCAAGAAGAGCGUACUGAAGCUGCACGCGCAUCCAGACGGCAAUACUAUCACAGGAAUAAGGAUACGAAUUAUUGGUGCUAAGCAGAGUAUCCAGUCUGAACCUGUCCAGCUAGCCAAUGGUGCACGCUAUCGGUUUUGGAUACCCUGUCUGAACGGCUUGAGACAUUGGGCCACAUUGAAGAGUAUCUACGUUACACAACCUCCGUUCAUCACGAUCGCGUUGAUGGCUGUGUGCCGGUGUAAACUCAUUGUUGCGGCUACUGAAGAACUAUGGUGCUAUGCAGCUGUGAGUGAGGUAGACGAGGACUUGGUAUCAAAAUGUCAGGGUGUCCCCCUUACCGACGUCAUGUAUGGAAUGCUCAGGAUGAGUUUCUCCAAGCCAACUCGGAUGAAUACUUUGAGCUCUUCAACGCUCGCGCAAGUCAAAGAGAUUUUAGCGAAUUCUUCAAUGAUUUUUUACCGGUGGUUCAGACUUUGGCCACCGGAGCGAGCUUUGUUCCCUGGCAUACCCACCAAUUCAACAUUGUCAGCAGACCAAGCACUUGCAGUAAUGGGCGCUGUGCGGAGGACUAAGCUGUGGAUUGUUCGAUACUUUCGGUGGGCUGAG